AUGACAGUAGAGGCCUCCCUGAGCUCAGUCUUGAAAGGAAGGAAAAACCAGGCUUCCCCAUUUGGACCUUGCGCGGCCGGCCUCGCCCGCCGGCUCCCAGGGGAGAAGGCGCGGGCCCGUGCGGGGCGCGGCCCCACCGCCUCGCACGCCGGGCCCCUCCCGCCGCAGAGGGCGCGCUCGCGCCCGGGCGGGCACCUGUCCCCUCCCCACCUUUGGCGGCUCCGCGGACCAAGCAAGGGUCCGACGCCCCACAGCCACUACCAGCUGGGGACCGCCGGCAGCAGGGCGAGCGCCGCAGGCCCAGUGGGCUGCAGGAAUCCUCCGAAACUUACAGUUUUCCUACAGCGUGCGCGUCACGGCGAGGUGACGUCACGGGCCCCGGCGUUCCGGGAGGUCAGGCCGCAGGGCGCGGACCACUCGGCCCCACGGCUCCGCCCCAGCGCGCCGGCGGGAGAGACGCCCCUUUGCUCAGCGGCCCCGCCCCCGCCGUGGGGCGCUGGGCGCAGGCGCGGAAAGCGCGGCCGCCGCCUGGCGGGCUUCGCAGGCCGGGACGCUUCGGGCGGGGGCUGCUUUGCUGGAGCUUCGUUUAAAGCGUGUGGCGGGGGUUCAAUAGAAGGGGACGAAGACCCCCGGGAACACAGCAAACAGGCUGUCGCCCAGGUGGUCGGAGUGGGACGCCAGAGUUGUGAGAAUCAAGACCAAGGGAAACAAAAUCCCACUCGGCAACCCCCACGCAUCCCUCUCAGCGCCCGGAUCUGGUCUGAAAGAUCUGUUCCCAGCAACAAAUCUAGACAAACGCUGCAAGAUGAAAGGAAAUCCAAACCUCGGAUCUUUAAGCCUGGGCCCUCUCUGCCCGUGAACUCUCUAUCCACAGAGUUUAACAGGGAGCCAACUUGCAAAGCAAAAACAUGGUUCAGCCCCAGCAUCAUAAGCAAAGCAUCAAAGGGUGAGGCAGCUCCUGUCAACCCUGGAGAAGAGUUCAGUUCAGAGCACCUGGAGGAUGGACCCACUGGCCUGGUAAUGGAGCGGGAGCUGCUAGAUUGUUUCUGCAAUAUAUCCCAUCUCCUCUCCACUCCGCCUUCUACCACCACUCUGGCCGUAGAUGAAAACCAGAAACAAAAAGGAGACCUUGGGAAUUUUGAAGAGAAAUUGGGAGGAAUCUUAAAGCUAGCAGGAGUGGCCAGUCUUCUGCCAAGUUCAUUCAGAAGAGUUUUUAAGUGGAAAAAAAAAAGUAUUUGCCCAUUUGAGAACUUUUUUUGAGAAGUCUUUUAAAUUGAUGUCUUUUUACUAAAGACUUCCUGUUUAAA